AUGUAUCGACGACAACCGCCCAGACGUUAUGCUUGUGCUAGAUGUGUUCGUCUGAAAGUCAAAUGCGUCCCUACCGGCUCAAGCGCUUGCCAGCGCUGUACACGACUUGGCCACCCAUCGUGUGUGUUCCCUGCCGAGCUGCGCGGAAACCCAACAACAGAGCGAGUCAGCUCCCGGCGUCCCAGCAUAAGCGAUAAAGCAAAGAGUCCGAAGUUCUACGGACUCAUUGAUCCCAAGCUAGCCGGUGAGCUUCUAUCAAAAUACCGGGCGCAGAAGGUGCCAUAUUUCCCCUUUGUAGUCAUCCCUUCCGACGCAGACGCAGCCACGGUUCGCGAGCAGUCACCAUUUCUCCUUUUGUGUAUUUUGACUGCAUCUCUCGAGCAUAAUCCCAAACUACAGGAGGAAUUGGAGCUUGUUGUUCGGAAGGAAAUCGCAAAUCGCAUCGUGGUGGGUGUAGAGCGGAAUAUGGACCUCUUACAGGGUCUGCUCGUGCAUGGCGCAUGGCACCAGUACCAUUGGAAGACGUACCACACGCAUAUGUAUAUGCUACUCCAGAUGACAUUAAUGAUGACUGCGGACCUUGGCCUCGACAAGCAGGAGAGUUUCAGGAUGCAGACGAUCCCAGCUGAAGGGAAGGAACCUGACAAUGCAUAUGGGACGAAGGAAUCAACCUCUCAGACUGCCGCCCAGCAGCGUGCUUUGUUGGGAUGCUACUACCUCUGCUCUAAAUCGUCUUUAUUUCGCCGGCAAAUAUACAUGCGACAUUCGCAGUGGAUUAAUGACUGCGCCAAUGCGCUGGCAGAGAGGCAGGAAUAUCCAACGGACACGGCGCUCAAAGAUUAUAUCGAUGUUCAGUCACUGGUGCGCCAAAGCCAGUUAUUGUUUGAUGAGGAGCGGCGGGGUCUCCGGCCCUCAUCAGAUAACUGGGAACAAAUUCUUGGAAUCACGUCGCAACAAGUGCAGAUGCAAGGUCUGCUGUCAUCACUCCAUGACCAGGACUGGCCGUUGCGCAUCGAGCUAGGAGGAUCACCAGCACUGAUACUUGGCCAGGCGUUGGGAAGGCAAAAGUAUGUCUUCAAACUACGAGAGAUGCACCAACUCCAGCCCCUCAUAGAUUCCGCACAUUAUGUUGUCGACACAUAUCUAGAAGCCCCUGCAUCAGCCACCCUCCACUUUUCUUCCGCUACCUACAGCACCAUUUGGUUCAGUUUACUAGUCCUGUCCAAACUGAGUUUACUUUUUCAUCCCAAUAAACAACAAGUCACUGGGGUGAAUAAGAAGCAUAUCCAGGACAAAGGCGCCGCGAUAAUCCAAAAGUUCAAGGAUAUCUCCCUCGAAGAAGACGGUUUCUGGAAAAGCUCCAUUAGAGCGAUCUCCACCUUGUUGGCAUGGCUAGAAAAGUCUAAUACCGAAGCACGGCCGGGAUCCGCGUCAGCAGACGUGCAUACUGUAUGCGACAAUAGUGACUCUAUAUCUCAAUCUUCGCAAUUCCUGGGGCCAAAUGCAACCCAUCAGCCUGGUUGGCCCCAGGCAUACACCCCUGACAUUGUUGCUUCCAUGAAUGGCGAGUCCCAAUCGAUGGAUGAUUUUGACGUUCAUCUGUGGCAGCAUAUGCUCGAUAGUUUUACCUGGUUUGGGCCACCAGAGGAGGGAUUCGGAUUUGGUCACUACAAUAUGUGA